AUCAGAACAACUUCAUUUAUUGAAACAGUGAGUUUUUUUGUAUGUUCAGGGCAAAAACUUUUCAACUGCGGAUAUAUCGUGACUUUUUUCUAACCUCGUCUGACCUGCUAGGGUCGCGCUUGCACACAGGAACCUCAAAGGAGCUUCAGUGAUAAUGUUGUCGAGAAUAAAAAGUUUCUUGUGCCGGCACCGCAGAAAAUUCGUGACCACAGGCGUCGUCAUUGGAGGAUGUAUGCUUUUGCUGAAAUGGACUCAGUACAAGCUGCGCGAAAUGCAAGAACGCCAGGCGAAGGAGAUUAGUGAAAAGUUGAAGCGCAUGCAGCAUUUCGAAUGUACGGAACGCACCUGCAAUCAGACUAUUGCCGGAAUUGCUCCCGCUUUAUCGGAGAAAAUUUUCCAGCUACUCGAUACGGACAGUUUGUUGGUGAAGCUACGCUCUAAUCCCGGAGACAAGCUAAUGCUUUGGGAGGACAUUAAAAUAGUCGCCUUCACGAGGCUGGUUACGCUCGUCUAUGCUGCCUCUAUGCUGGGAGUCACUAUGAAGGUGCAACUGAACCUGCUGGGUGGCUAUUUGUACAAGAACACGGUGGAAGUUGAUGAUCAACAGAAGCAGCAGAUUUCAGAAAACAUUCAGAAAGCUUAUCUCUCCAUGAUUCAGCACUUCAUGGGAGACGGUAUCGAAAAACUGAUCGAUAUCGUGCGCCAAAAUGUGACUACCGUCAUGCAGCGUUACAGCUUGAAGCAACAACUGACCUUGGCAGAUGCGGAAGCCCUGCUAUGGUCCUUCCAGAUGGCGUUGAACAACGAAGAGGAAAGUCCCACGAAAUGCAUUGCUCGGUAUACGCUACCACCUGCAUCUGCCGCAGAUGACAGUGUGUUCAAGAGAUUGUUUGAGGAAACGCUGGACGUGCUGGAAAGUGUCGAAUCCUCCGAUGUCCUCCUGGCAAACGUGAGCAACGGGUUCUCGCUUAUCGUAGAUAAGUUGGCCGAUUACUACGUGAAGGCGGAGAAAAUCAGCGAUACUCCAGCGGAAAACUCCAAAUCGAACCUGAACGUGGAGAGUCUAUCAAAUAUCAACAAUAUAAAAAUUUCACUUGCCAAACUUAUACCGAUCGUGAGCGGACUGGCAUGCAAAAUGAUGCAAUCGAAUGGUGGCUUGGCAUCCAACGGUUUGAACAUGCCGGAUCUCGGCGAUGCAGACAUGAUGUCGUGGUUAAUAAUUCGAUUCUUGCAGUCAGAAAAACUACGAACCCUUGGGGCCAACGUGUACGAAACAUUCUGUCAGUAAAGUAGACACACAUUCUUUAUAAUUUAAACUUUUCUCUAGUGAUAUCCUGUGAGUAGGUUUGGCGGGUAGAAUUAAUAGAUGAACAUGUUUGUGAACAAUGAAUGUAAGAACUCAUUAAAGUGGGUUAAAAUAGCAGGAGUUAACUUGAUAAUUUCGUUAAUGGUAGCUUUUAAAGUUUUUACUUGCAAGCAGUGCAUGGC